UUCCACGCUCGGCUUCACCAGAAUAAGGCUCUCUCGCUCCUCAUCUCUUUCGCUCCCAACAUUCGCAAUGAAACUCCAGGUAUUCAUGGUCCUCGUGGGUUUGGUUGGCGUUACCUUGGCUUACCCAUCACGCCCCAGGCCUACUUCUGUCUCUGCAAAAGAUCUGGACGAGGAACAACUAAGGGAAACCGUCAACCUCAUCGAGAAGUUCAUUCCGCCGAUCUUCCAGGCCAUUAAUGAUGACAACGGUGACAUUACCAGCCGGCUACACAAGAUCGUGGACUCCUCCUUGCUGCUGAGUCGCGAAGCCCUCAAGGUGAAGGACCCCUCGGAAAAGAACCAAGAGGAGCUGGAGGAGGUGCAGGCUGCUAGGGAGACCAUGCCACUCAUCCUGGACAUCAUGAGGGCCACCUUCAAAACACAUAGCCCUGACAACAACCCCAGUGGCAAUUUUGACUUUGACAUUCCAAGCCAGUAAAAACCCACAGGCAGAAAAGGAAUGAGCGAACAAAGUACAGCUUCACCAAAAACAUACAACCAUAGAAAAAUUAUGUUACAUAUUCGUCCAAACAAACAACUGCCAAUAGAAGCAAAAUCCAGUGCUAUACAUCUCCUCGCUCUCUCUUAAGUCUAUUUUCUAUCUUUUCGCCACUGCCGGACCUUCUUUUAGUUAUAAGGAUUUCCACUCAAACUAUACAAUAUUGUAAAACCUCGCGAUAGUAAAUUUACAUUUCCCAACA